GUUUCUCUUGCGAAUGACUUCAAGAAUCGGGCCCCUGGAGUUUUUCUCUCCAUCGUGAGGAUAGGACUCUACGCGUGGUAAACCUGUGCAAACUGUAAUGUGGCGACGGGGAAAUCCGGGAAGGGAGUUAACUUUUGUAGAGAACAUUUUGUAAAGGAUACGUUACCGGCUACUUCUGUCUUUUCAAAACAUUGUCGCUUUGUGCUCGUAUUUCGGACUCUAAAUACGUGCAAAACACGAUGGAGGAGAUUCGAGUCAUGUGGUGUGAUGCACUGGAGGAAUUACUUCAAUGUCCCGUGUGCCUGGAAGCAUCGCAAGGUGUAAAAGUCCAAUGUAUAAAUGGACAUCACAUAUGUAAUCAAUGUAGAAUACAGUUGCAUAUAUGCCCCAUAUGCAAGUCUUCCUUUAUGGAAACAAGAAAUUUGGCAGUGGAACAAAUUUCAGCUAAAUUAGAGGAUAUAAAGAUAUCUCUACUGCAUCCAUAUCAUGCACUCAAUAGAAGAAUCCUACAUAAUAAGAUUUGUGUGGCCACUCAAACCGACGAUGUUUGCAUGCCUUCCAUUGCCUGUCAAACGGAAUCUAUAAAUGAAGCUAAUGAAAUUACUCUGAGAAAUGAACGACAAAAUUUGGUGACAAAUUUAGCACCUAGAGUUGGAAAGGGGUCAUACCCGUGUCGUAUUGGAUCUUGCGUGAUGGAAUUGCCACAUGGAAGAAUGAUUGGUCAUUUGAGAUAUCAUCAUAAAGAUGUAUUUUAUGAGUUCAAUGCAAAAGAUAAUGUAUUAAAAAAACGAUGGAAUCUGGAAUACAUCUUAAAUCAGGAUUACGAUUUCGCUUUUCACAUCAAAGAGAUGGGUCUGUUUUUUUUAAAUGUCUCCAUAAGCCAGAUAGGUGACUUAACUGCUUUUUUAGAAAUUGUCAAUUGUAUUGCUGUAGCCAAGCAAUUCACGUACACAUUUGAAGCAGUCGGAGCAUUUAAUGCUUCAGGUUCAUAUAAUGGCCCGGUAAAAUCAUGCAGAUCACCAAGGCAGAGUUAUGCAAAUGACUGUUUGCGCAUACGCGAAAAUAACAUGCGCCUUAUAAUUGACAAUAAAAAUUAUUUUCAUUGUAAUCUAAUGAUAAAGCGUAAAACUGAUUACAGAGCGCAAAAUAACGCUCCAAUGAAUCCUCUUAGCAACAUAGUGAAUAUUUAAAAAAACUAUCAUUUCUUAUAUCAAAAAAAUAAUAGUAAUAUGAUUAAUUUGUUAAUUAGUUUCCGUGUAAAAUAUUUCUAUAAUUGAAGCUUAUUUCUCUUAAUUCAGUAAAAAACAAGAUUUUAAUUACUCGUUAUGUUACUAAUUUUUUAACUGUUGAUGCAAUUCAUCUAAUUUUAAUAUUUGAAAUAAGAAUACAUAUUUUAAAACCAUGAUAAUUUUUAACUUGCAAUUCUCACAGCCUAAUUGAUAAACUAAAGAAGAGAUUGAAAAAGAACUGAUUUUACUGUGGAUUGCAGGCACAGAUGCAAUCAGAUGUAGAUAAUACAAUUUUUCAUCAAACAUUUUUAGUUUAAUAUUUUGUUAUAAUCGCAGUUGGGCAUUUUGUAAAAAAAACCAAAAAACAGGAAGAGGGACAAAAAAGUAUUGCCUGCAUAUUUUUGCAUAGAGCACUUCCUAUAUAUUCUUUCAAUAAAAUCAGAAGGUUUGAUGUGGAGUGAAAAUUUUGAAGAAUUUUUAUCGCGACGAAACGAAGGAAAACUUUGCAAACGUGUAUGUAUUACAAUUCAUGACGUAUGUGAUAUAACUUACAUAUAAUAUUACAGACAGAAAAAUUAUGUGAUACUUCUACAAUACGAAAUAAAGUUAUUAUGUUAAAAA